AUGAGGGUUUCGGCGGGCCCUGCCGCUUCAGCAUGCAGCCGUGACUGCGCUCCGCGCGUGCCACUGCGACCCGCGCUGCCCCCCUCCGCCCGCGCCUAUGCUCUCGCGUCGCCUACCCAUUUGCGCUGCGCCUCCGCCUGCGCUCCCCGUGGAAUUGGCGCGACUUUCUCCUCCGGCGGAAGGUUUCCGCAGCAGCUGCAGGAACAGCAACAGUGCCGGAAACAGCCCGCCUCCGCUUCCCCGCAGGCCGGCUUGCGCUCCACUCCAUCAGCCAAGCCCUUCGCGCCGGCGUGCGCAGAUGUGAUUUCCCCUGCCUCCGCUGCUUCCGCGGUCGCAAAGGCGUUCCGUGACGCGCGCUUCAUUGCCGGCGCGGCCUCCCUCGCGGCUCCUGCGACGGCGGCAGCUGCAGCGGAUGAGUCCUCUGGCAGCUGGUGGGACAGGUGGAAGGCGCGGUCGGCGGGACUCAAGGAGAAGGUGGCGAAGCUGGGGCUGGCGGCAGUGCUGGCGUACGGGCUGUUUGACGGCAUCACCUACACCGCCUUCUUUGUGCUCGCCUUCCUCGGCUACGAAAAGAGCACCGGACUCAACCCCGCUGCCAACCUCAAAGCUCUCCUUGGGAUUGUGGUUCUGAUGUGGACGGGGAAUAAUGUGACGCGGCCAUUUCGAGUGGCAGGUGCUGCAGCCGUGGCUCCAUUUCUUGACAAGGCGUUGAAGAAGUUCCAGGAGAAGCUCAACCUCCCCAACCAGUUCCUGGCUUUUGCUCUUGUUGCAGCUACCUUCGGAGCUAUCUGCCUUUCUGUGGUUGGGCUUCUUAUCCUUUCACGCAUAGGGGGUUAG